AUGCCGCGCCAGACCGUCACAGACCUCAGCAGAUAUUUGCUUGCUGGCCGCAUCUCACCACACGGUUGCUUGAAUGUGCGACAUACCGUAGCACCAACGCUGUUCGCCCGAUCCGCCACCAUUGCUGCCUCCGCCACCACGACGGCGUAUCGAGUCAGACACCUCCAUGCCGCACCGCAUGCUGCGACAUCUACACCCGAUCUCGCGCAACCCAAUUUUCGCAAGAAGCUCAAAGACGAGGCCAAGCUGGCCAAGAAGCAGACUAGGAAAAAGUCCAAGUCGGACAAUCAGACCGUUGACGGCUGGGAGCUCACGGUUGGCAUCGAGAUCCACGCGCAGCUCAAUAGCCCGCGCAAGCUCUUCUCGUCCGCCACCACCUCGUUCAAUGACGAUCCCAAUAGCCAUGUGGCGCUCUUUGAUGUGUCCAUGCCGGGAAGCCAGCCGCGCUUUCAAAAGGAGACGCUGAUUCCCACUCUCCGCGCCGCCCUCUCGCUCAACUGCGAGAUCCAAGAGCUCAGUCGCUUCGAUCGGAAACAUUACUUUUGGUGGGAUCAGCCCUCGGGCUAUCAAAUCACGCAGUACUACCAGCCAUUCGCCAAGAACGGCCACAUCACGCUGCUGGCCAGAGAUGGCAUUGCCGCCGAGGACGGCGAGAGUGUGACUGUUCGCAUCAAGCAGGUUCAGCUCGAACAGGAUACGGCCAAGACCCUAGCUCAGGUGGGUAAUAUACAGUGGCUAGAUUUCAAUCGUGUCGGUGUGCCUCUGAUCGAAAUUAUUACGGAACCCGAAAUGCACCAUCCCAGAACGGCGGCUGUAUUUGUACGUAAAGUCCAGCUUCUUUUGAAUACAGUCGACGCCUGUGUAUCAGGUAUGGAAGUUGGUGGCUUGCGCGCAGAUGUCAAUGUAUCGGUGCGCAGGACUGGCGAUGCCAACAUUCCGCUUGGAACACGAACAGAAAUAAAAAAUUUGAGCACCGUCAAGUCCGUCGAAGAUGCCAUCAUCGCCGAGAGAGAUCGACAAAUCCGCGAGCUUGAAGCUGGCGGCACCAUUGCCGGUGAAACUCGCGGCUGGGCUGUUGGCUCGACAGAGACACGUAGGCUGCGUGGCAAAGAGGGCGAGGUUGACUACCGCUACAUGCCGGAUCCAGAUAUUGAGCCGCUUGUGAUUGGCAAUGAUUUGGUCCAGUACUUGCAAGAGUCACUAGCCGUGCUUCCCGACAAGGAGCUCGACAGCCUAGUGGCCGACUACGGUCUCACAGCCAAAGACGCGCUCUCUCUGAUUACCCUCGAUAACGGUGCUCGAGUGCAAUACUUUUACCGUGUUCUCGACCUUGUACGCGAGAUGCUGCGGGAGUCGGGCGCCGAACCGGACUUGAAAAGCUACGCGACCCUGGUCGGUAACUGGGUCAUUCACGAGCUCGGCCGUCUCACGACGACCAAGGCCGGGCCGCUCGCGUCCGGCGAGCUCAGCUUUUCGCAAGAGGGCGAGUGUGCGCAAGUGCACGAGUACCACCUCGCCGAGCUCCUGCACCAUCUCUUCCAGAAGCGAAUCACUGGCAAAGUGGCCAAGGAACUUCUCGUCGCCAUCUACCUGGGCGAGAUGGGGGACGGCGACGUGACGUCGGCCAUUGAGUUUAAUCAAUUAUGGUUCCAUGAGCUGACGCAGGACGACUAUGUCUCGUUUGCCGAGGCGGCCAUGCAGGGCGAAGACAAGGUCCUCAAGGAGUUUGUCAGUUACGACAAGUUUCCGCAGGGCAAGCUCAUGUACCUGGUGGGCAAGAUGAUGCGUCUGGGUCCGACGGAGAGGAUCGAUCCGUCCACGGCUGAGAGGAUCAUGCGCGCCAAGGUCGAUGGCCUGCGUGCCCAAUGA